AUGAGCGCCAUCGUGCAUGAUAUACAUAUUCAAACUUGGUCAAAUCCAUGUGAUCCAAAUCCAUGUCGAGCGGGUAAAUGCGAAUUGAUAUCAAAAACUAAUUUUACUUGUCAUUGUGCACAGUAUAUUUACGGUCCUUUAUGUGAAAAAUUAAACUAUGAACAAAAAGCGUGCGACAGUAAUCCAUGUUACAAUCAAGCUCUAUGCACAAAUACUGCAGAUAAUUCUUACACGUGUCUUUGUCCACCGUCUCAUAGUGGUAAACAUUGCAAACAGAAUGUGGGAGAAUGCGACUGUUUAAAUGGCGGAACUUGUCAAAAUGUUACCUCAUAUGAUUUAUUGUAUCGUUGUCAAUGUCCGCCGUUGUUUACGGGUUCAUUAUGUGAAUACGAUUUACGCAAUAUCACAUUCUGUUCCUACAGUCCGUGUCAACAUAAUGGAACGUGUAUACUAAUCGAGGCGCCAGCUGGUAUUUGUUUAUGCGAACCAGGCUAUAUUGGAGCCUUUUGUGAGAAACGAGUACCAUUCUGUCAAGAGAAUCCAUGUCGAAACAACGGUACAUGUGUUCCUUCUGGAGUUGAUGGUCAAUGUAUAUGUUUACCUGGUAAUUCUGGACGUGUUUGCGAACGUCUAGUAAAAACAUUUUGUUCUUCAAAUCCAUGUAAGCUGAUCGUU